UACCCGGAUAAGCAUUAUACUUCUUCGGGCGGGUAUUGUGCUUCGAAUCCGGAAUCGUGGUAUUGGCAAGAAAAUGAUGUUUUUCAUUCGGACGUGAUGUGUGAAAACAUUGUACGCUUUGUUGUUUAUGUUUAUUUGUAUUAAGUCGAAGGAUUUCACGUUUCCAUUUCAAUUAUACCAAGUAAGUGCAGUUUGUUGUGCUCGUUCACCAAGUGCAGUUGGUAGUUACAAGUUUUUUUUUUAAUAUAUACCGAAUCUAUUAAUUUUACUAUGCCAAUAAAAAUUCCUCGGCCUAUUAAAUACGCUGGAACCGCCACAAUGUUCAGAAGACCAUUAUCACGUCUGCUAAGGCUACGGAACCUAGUGCUAUUUACAAUAAUAGUGAUAUUUUUAUAUAUUGUUAAAUCCUUGAGUAAUAUGGAUGUGAUGGAACUGAGAAUGCCAGAAGCGUUGCAGCGGUCUCCAGAAGUAUUGAAUGUUGAAAAAGCAGUGUUACUACCACCAGAAAAUGACAACAGGAUUCCUAGGAAAGGGGAAUAUUUUGUACCGAAAAGUAUGAAAAAAAAAGACUGGCAUAAUCACACACAGAUAGAGUACGAGAGGAAACGCGUGGGAAUCGGCGAGCAAGGCAAACCGGCUUACAUGCCGAAAGAAGAAUCAGAUUUAGAAGAAAAGCUAUACUCCGUGAACGGUUUCAACGGGGCCCUAAGCGAUAAAAUACCUUUAAACAGGUCCUUGCCAGACAUAAGGCAUAAAGGGUGCAAGACGAAGAAGUACUUGGAGUCUCUGCCGACUGUGAGCGUGGUGGUGCCGUUCCACAAUGAGCAUUGGAGUACGUUGUUAAGGACAGCGUAUAGUGUGCUAUACAGGUCCCCGAAACAUCUGAUCAAGGAGGUGUUUCUAGUUGACGAUGCGAGUACCAAAGAUUUCUUAAAAGACAAACUGGACGAGUACCUGUCCGCGAACAUGCCUAAAGUGAAGGUGGUCCGCCUGAAGGAGCGCAGUGGGUUGAUCACGGCUCGACUGGCGGGCGCGCGGCGGGCGACGGCGGACGUGCUGAUCUUCCUCGACUCGCACACCGAGGCCAACGUCAACUGGCUGCCUCCACUGCUAGAGCCGAUCGCGUUGAACUACCGCACGGUGGUGUGUCCGUUCAUCGACGUGGUGGCAUUCGACUCGUUCGAGUACCGCGCGCAGGACGAGGGAGCCCGCGGGGCCUUCGACUGGGAGUUCUUCUACAAGCGCCUGCCCGUCCUGCCGCAGGACGAGAAGAACAUGCCCGAGCCCUUCCAGAGUCCAGUGAUGGCGGGCGGUCUGUUCGCGAUAGCGCGUGCGUUCUUCUGGGAGCUGGGCGGGUACGACCCUGGCCUGGACAUCUGGGGCGGGGAGCAGUACGAACUCAGCUUCAAGAUCUGGCAGUGUGGCGGGCGCAUGCUGGACGCGCCGUGCUCCCGCGUGGGACACAUCUACCGCAAGUUCGCGCCCUUCCCCAACCCCGGCCGCGGGGACUUCGUGGGCAGGAACUACAGGCGGGUUGCGGAGGUGUGGAUGGAUGAGUACGCGCAGUAUCUGUACCAGCGUCGACCCCAGUACCUCAAGAUCGACACCGGAGACAUCUCCGAGCAGAAGGCUUUGCGGCAGAGGCUCAAGUGUAAACCGUUUAGAUGGUUCAUGACGCAGAUAGCAUUCGACCUGACCGCUAAGUAUCCAACUGUAGAGCCUAAUCCAUUCGGCGAAGGUCAUGUGAAACCGGAAUCGAACCCCAGCCUGUGUAUAGACGCGCAUCACGGCGCGCAGAUGGAGCGGCUGCAGUUGACGUCCUGCUCCGACGCCGGCGAGCAGGAGUUCCUCCUGUCCUGGCACAAGGACGUCAGGUCUAAACAGAGGAACAUGUGCUGGGACCUGCCCGACUCGGCGCCCAAGAGUCCCAUACUGCUGUAUACGUGUCACCUUGGAGGCGGCAACCAACUCUGGAAGUACAACCCGGACACAAAGCAGUUGAAACACGGCGGCCACACGAACUGCAUCGACUACGACCAAACAUCUCACGCGCUGUACAUCAACCGCUGCGACGACACCAGCAGGACCCAGCGCUGGCUCGUGGACAAAGUGGACCGCGACAUGAUCGCCAAGUGGGACAGCUUUGGGACGAGAGUCACUGCACCCAUUGAGGACUAUUAAACACAGGUAUAAAUAUAUAUCGACGGUUGAAAAGCUCAUUGACUUAAGCCAAAUUUUUUUUCGAAAAAUUUUAACUUGAUUUUAAAAACACAAGAAAAAGAGUUGAUUUUAAAUAUGUGUGAAACGUAACGUCGUAAAAAAAAUCGUAUAAGUCAAUUAGGUUUUCAACCGUCGAUAUGCACUAAGAGCCGUUUUCAAAAACGAUCUCAAUCUUUAAUCCGAUUCCGAGAAUGAACCAAUCAAAAUAACUCAUUUGUGAGCAUGUCAAAAAUACUUUGUUCUGAUUGAUCCGUUUUUGAGAUAGAAAAAUGCGAUUGUUUAUUAAAAAUGGCUGUAAGUGGUAUUAGGUAAAAGGUAACGUGCAAUGUGUCAAUAUAACUAAAUCAUUCCCAUUCCACCCCUUCCUUGCUUGGCCGCAGUCGGGUAAAAAUUUGUAAACGCGUGAAGUUGCGUAAUGACAAUAUAAUAAAUAAAACGGAUAAAUGCAAGUUAGACUUACGCUCGAGGGUCUCUUACUAACCAGUUUAUAUUUUGUUACUAAAGAACAUAUUUGCGGUUUUAAAUCUUUUGCCCAAUUUCAUGAUUCUACGUGAAACGGGAAAUUUUCGAUAGGUUUUUGAUUCCCGUGUGUAUUGCAAAAUAACUUACAAGUUAAAGUUUUUAUAGUCUUAAGGGACCGUAGACCGAAUAUUAGAUAUAAAUUUCAAUUAAAUACCUUUAUGUGUUGAUUUUAAGAAAAAGAUUUUUGAUGGGCAAGCAGACGGACUACACACUGAUCCUGUAAGAGUUCUUUUAGAGGUACGGAGCCCUAAAACUAGCGUUUAGCUGUUUAUUUGCAUACGUAGAUAUAUUUCUACUACAUUUUACAAACCUUAAGCAUGUUGCUCGUUAUUUAUUAUCUAUUGAAAACAUGUAGAGUGGCCAUCUAUUGAAAAACUUUAGUCACUGACAAUAUAAAGUGAGGUUAUGUUUAGUCAUUUUUUAUUUUAGUAUUGGACACGGAUUAUUUUUUUCUAUGGAUAAUGUAAUAUGUAAAUAUAUAUAAAAAUGUAAUAAAAUUAAUGUGUGACUAUACUAUCGCCGUACCGGGACAAUUUGGCCUGGGUCAAAUAUGACCCGGGAUUAAAAUAACCCACUAAUAGGCACUUAUUUUUUUUAUACGUGCACCGAAAUGUUCACCCCACUGCUCCUGAUGGUAAUUAGAGUGGGGUCCAAUAGAAUGUCGACUGACGAGAGAUGAUUACCCCUCGACAGUCGACACAAUUAUGCCGGCCUGUUGGAACCGGCUAUACACAGGCUGAUCGCGGAAUGCGACACUUACGUGGGCCACUAUGGCGGGUUUUAACACCUUGUGUACGGUGGUCGCUAUCCGGGCGGAUAAAAAUAUAUCCUACCACCAACAACGUGUACUUUAAAAUUGGGAAUCUCAUUUGAAUUUUUGUUUAUUAAAAGUCCUGCAUCACGUCAAGUAAUUCCAUUAGAUACUAAAUGUUAUUUUAUGUUAAAUAGUCUCCCACUUGUUUCCCUAAAGAAAAGGUAAUUACUGGAACCACAGUACGUCGGUUUCACAAUAAUUAUUAACCGUUUUAUUUUGUCGCAGUAAGACAAUUGUACUGAAGACAAUUUAUUCGCAAUUAGUAAUCGCUUCGGGAGACUGAACUAUCAACUAUGGGCUAGUCAAUACCUAAAUGAAUAUGGACACUGACGUAAAAUGUGAAGUGUUUGAAAGUAUUUUUAUAAAAAACAUAUUGCCUUUUUUAACUAUUUCUUAUUCCACAAUGAAAGCUUAUGAAAGACGCUCUUUAUGUAAGUUCCUAUAUGUAUCUAGGUCCUAUAUAAUAUUGUUAAAAUCUGGACCUUAUUUUGAGGCAGUUAAAGCUUUAUAUAUUUUCUAAACAUGUGCAUUUCAGUACUUAUGACUUGUAUGUUAUAAUGUCUUCCCUUUGAUACAAACCAUUUAAGAACAUUGUUAAGAGUUAUGAGUAAAAUGUUGACCGUUUUUAAAUUUUUAAUGAAUCGCUUGUUUUAAGAAACGGCUCGGUUCCUGAGCUGACAUAGUUAGUUUUUACGAAAUAUUACGUUUUUUUGUUGCAUCUGUUUUUUUUGUAUAUCUAAUGCAUUCAUUCUAUAUAUUAUUUUAUAGAACGAAUGUAAGAUAAUAAACAAAAACAGAUGAUAGAAAAAAAUUGUUAGAAUAUUUCAUAAAAGCUAUUUAGUUACUUACAUUUAUUUUGACAGAAGUAACAUGCAUUUUUGAAAUAUAUUCUUUCCAUCUAACUAUAAGUACUUACAUAUAUGAUUUGUACAGCUGUUAUAAUGCCUUGUUCACACUGAGUUAUUCAGGAAAUCUGAAAAGAAAAAUGAGAAAUGUCUUGCGGCAUUAUUUAUGACUAUUACCUAAAUAUAUAAAUAACAUUCCUUUCCAAUGUGUUUGAGACUUAAACCGCCAUGUAAUAUUAGAAGCUAAAAUACAAGUGUAUGAAGUAUUUUCUUACUUUUUUAUGUUUAAAAACAAUUAAUACUUAAGUUGCAACGUUAUACGUCCAUAACGGAUAUAUGUGUCGUGACGUCACGUCAUGUGUAGUCAGCUUGUGCAAUGUAUGCGAAUUAGAAUUUAGUGUUUGUGUAGUUAGAGUUUAAAUUAGUAUUUCGUGGUUUGUCUGGAAGCAGCUGGAUGUCCGAGUAAGUCAGUGCAGAUCUGUCGGAGAGAUUUGUAGUACUCAAUAUAAUAAAAAAUAACCCCCUUAUUCAUAGACUUUAUUUAUCUAAGGACGGAGCAUUGCUUUGAUAACAAGUCUGUUUCUCAGUGCUGCCGGCAGCCUUCGCAGUGCGUAGACAUAGGGCCGCUGUGAUUGGCUAAUAUUGUUGUAUCUCAAUAUUAGCCAACCACAAUGGCCUUGUGACCUGAUAUCACAGCAUUACUCCGUCUUUAGAUAACAACGUCUAUGAAUAACGGGGUGAAAGUUUAAAAAUACGCUGCAAAAUCAAUUCUGCAAAUAUAAGUUCGAUCAAAAUAUUUAGCUUUUUAUUUAAACUAUCAGAAUACAUAUAAUUAUACUCGAACAGUACUCUGCCAAUUCUGCGCUGAUUCACAAUGGUUUGCCUUAAUUAUGUUUAGGAAAAUCGAUUAUAAUAAGUCCGCAUUAUUAACACGGUAUAUAAUAAGGACAGAGUUUUCAAUAGUUAGUAGUGUUUGAAAAACUUUGAUAUAUUAAGUAACCCCAUGAAGAGCGGUGAUAGCCUAGUUGUUUUGUGGGUUGUGGAAUGGACUGCCCAGACGAAUGUCUGCAGGUUCAAAACCCAAGGGCACACAACUCUGAUUUUUCUAAAUUAUGUGUGAAUUCUUUUUGAAUUAUUAUUGCUUUAACUAUGAAUAAAAAAUAUAAUUGCAAAAUAUAGGUAGAUAUUGUAACUUUGACUUUUCGGACACGUCGGGAAAAAAAUAUAAUAUAAAAACAGUGAUAAAAUCCGUAAAGUAGUUUUAUUUUUUUACAAAGAAUUUAAUUGACAACUCAGUCCUUAUUUGGAUACCUAAUGGUUAAUUUAGAGAAAGUCGUCACGGAAUUCAUAGAUUUAUCGCAACUGUGUGCACGCCUUAAUAGCAUUGUGUAGAAAAAAAUAAUUAUUACGUUAUAUGUCAAAUUAUUUAUAAGAUUAUAUUGUAUUAUACUUAAUGCUGUGAAUUAGUCAAUAUUUGGCACUUAUUUGAUAUUGUCUAAAUUUUACGUGUUGAAAGCAAAUGUAGUUAAUUCCUUAUUUUAAAAAAAAUAUUUAAUUGUCGAUUUUAUAAUUUGACGGAGAAAAUACCUCCUUAGGUGGAGGGCAAUUUGAUACAAUGAAAAUAUUUUGAAGUCAUUUGAUACUAUAGUCUGUAGUGAAAUACUUUAAUUUUGUAAACAAGAUUUGGGUCGGGAAGCGCUGAAACCAAUGCUUUAUUUUAACGUUUUUUUUUAUUGAGAAAUACAAAUGCCCUGAUUAAAGAGGCGACGUAUACUUCCUUGAAAAUUUUAUUAAUUUGGUGCCAGUUCCGCUGUUGGCAGAUAAAAAAUAAUUCCAAUUGUAGAAUUGUUUUUUAUUUUUAUAAUCAUAAAAUCUUUAAACAUGUUAUUGUUUACAUUUUACGCAAAGUUUGGCCCAUAGACUAUAAUUAGUUUGAAAUAGUUUUACAUGUUGUUAUGUAUUACGUUUGUGCAAAGUCUAAACAAUCCCGUUGUGACAUAUCACUAGUUGUAAUUAAGCACGUGUAGAUAAUUUAUUGAAUAAUAAAUUAUUUUUAUAAUUUGA